GCCUCGGCGGCGGUGAGGAUGGGAGUUCGGAGCCAUCGCUUCCCGAGUGCAAAGGCAGUGGAGCUCCAGCACCGCCGUGCGUGGUUGGCGAGAGCCGGCGGGUGCUGUCAUCCCACGGCCGCGCCGGGGCUGUUCCUCCCGCUCUCUCCCCGCCCUUCUCCCCGCGGCAGACGCGCUCCGGCCGGCGCACAGUUCUCGGGGCAGCGGCCGUCGAGGAAGCUGAGGGGAGCCCCGCGGGUUCCGGGGCACGGGACCAAGGGGCGCGGAGGGAGGCAUCUGGCGGUUCGCGCCGUGCCUGUCCGACCGCGGGCGGGUAGCUUGACCCUUCUCUUGCAGCUGCGGCGCGGAGCAGCCAUGUCCGAAGGACGCGCCGCUGGCGAGUGGGAAAUCGACGUGGAGAGCCUGGAGGGGGAAGCGACCGAGGGCCUCGGCGCUCCGAGGGAGGAGGAAGAGGAGGAAGGCGAGGAGGCGACGGCGGCCCCACGGCGGGGCGGCGGCACUGAGCCGCGGAAGCUGAGCCGCACGCCCAAGUGCGCCCGGUGCCGCAACCACGGCGUGGUGUCGUGCCUGAAGGGACACAAGCGGUUCUGCCGCUGGCGCGACUGCCAGUGCGCCAACUGCCUGCUGGUGGUGGAGCGGCAGCGGGUGAUGGCCGCGCAGGUGGCACUGCGCCGGCAGCAGGCCACCGAGGACAAGAAGGGGCUGGCCGGGAAGCAAGCGAGCCUGGAGCGCAAAGCUGUCUACCAGAGGCACGUCCGGACGCCCAGCCUGCUGGCCAAGAGCAUCUUGGAAGGUUACCGUCCUAUUCCAGCAGACGCUUACCUGGGAGGAAACUCACCUUUGCCACCCCCUGUAAGUGACAGGAUGAGAAAGAGACGGGCUUUUGCUGAUAAAGAGUUGGAGAACAUUAUGCUAGAAAGAGAGUACAAAGAAAGAGAGAUGAUGGAAGCUACACAAGCAGCUGCCCUCUUCCUCCCGAACCGCAUGGUGCACGGAGCUGAAUACAAUGCGUACAAAACCGCCUUCAGCCCUGCUCAGGUUGAUGCUCCCGGCAAGGAGUUCUGCAAUUUCUUACCAACGUGCCUUGAUCUAACCAUGCAGUACUCGGGAUCUGGCAACAUGGAACUUAUUUCUUCCAAUGUCAGUGUAGCUACUACCUACAGGCAGUAUCCCCUGCCUUCCAGGUUCUUAGUGUGGCCGAAGUGUGGCCCCAUUAGCGAUGCUCUCCUCUACCAGCAGUGCCUGCUGAACGCUACCACUGUCCAAGCUCUCAAACCGGGGACAGGCUGGAACGCCAAGGUGGCACAAAGCCCGGAGUGUCCGAACGCUGAGCAGGACAUCAUGUCUCCGAAACUGGAGAAUCCACUCCUCCUGACCCACACGCCUGACAUCCAGCAGGCAUGCAGUGAGGUGCCGUGCCUUCCUCAGGAGGCUCGGGAGAGGUCAGCCUUCUCUCCUCCAAAAAGGACUUUCUCUCAGAUUUCCGAUAAGGAUUCUCUGGCUCCUCAAGAACAGGCACUGAGCAAGGUCAGCAAAGACACGGCCAAGCCCGCUCCACCUAUCAAAUACAAUCCAUUUCAGUCACUGUUCCCGCAGACAUUUCCAGACAAAUCGGGAACAGAGCUGAGAGCAUCGUUUAUGAAAGAGACUUUUGAAGAAGCGUCUAAGAAAUAUAGGGAGUUCAGCAUUAAAGAGAACCAGAAAUACAAGUUUACUAUAGAUAAAUGUACAAAAGACUUCUUUGGACCCAAACAGGCCACAACAAAACUGUCAGCAGCUGAGCCACUGUCGUUUUCAGUUGAAUCCAUCCUUAAAUGACCUUGUGCAGAGGCUAAUGUCACCCAGUGAAUAAACUGCAACAUCAGUGUAGAGAGCUUUUGUGCUUCGCCUUCUGCAGAAUUACUACUGCCCACCUUUUCUCUUAAAAGAUUUGUAAAGAGGAGUUUCUGCUGUAAAUGGUAAUUCUUUCUUUUUUUUCUCAAAAUGGCAUACAUAAAUGUUGUUUAUACAAACAUGCAUGUUUUCAGAAGAAAAGUGAAUUUAUUUUUAAAAAUUGAAAUGGCACAUACAGAAGACUGUAGUGUUCUUUUAAGCAGAACUCCAGACCACUCAAUAAAAUGAGUUUACCUGCAAAAACAGAUCUUCUUUGCCCUGCCAGUAAUAUCCCCUGAUCUUAGUUGUGUCUCUAGUCUCUUGCAAUCAAGUGUGCUCUGCUGUCAGAACGCACCUAUUCCUUUGUGGGCUGGUACCGAUGUACUGAGUUAUCUUGGUGGGGUAUGUGGUCACCCUGCUUUCCCCUUCCAGUACCUAAGGGAAGAGAUGCAUGUAGACUAGUAUGAAUUAGAAGGCUUCUGUUAUUAACUGAAAUUUGCUGUUCUUAAUUUGAAGGUGAAGUGCUUGCUAGCAUAGAGACUGACUUAGCCCAUACCUCUCUACAAAACUUCUGUUUCUAAAGCAAAGACAUACUGGGUAGACUGUGUUUGGGGAUAAUGAGCUUUUUGGGUUUUUUGAGUCUUUUGGGGAUAAUGAGUUUUUUGGGGUGAGUUUUUGAAUAAAAAAUCCUCUUUUUAAAUUCAGUUUUUGAAUAAAUGCUUUUAUUUUGAAUAGAUGCUUUUGGCUGACUUCGCUGUUCCUCUGGGUUUUCACUCCUUAGAAUAUUUCCAUCCUAAAAACAUUUAAUUCUGACCUGCAAUAGUCUGAGAGUCUCGAGCCGUGGUAAUUGGAAUGACUGUAAAAAUGGUGCACAGAAUCCUUAUUGCUAGUGAGAAGUCAAGUCACGAUCUCUCUGUUUUGUAAUUCUGGGCCCUUUUGCAGGGGUAAUAGAAAGAAAGCAGUAGAAUUUACCUCAGAAAGUGAGGUGCCCUUGGUGCUGUGGUUACAGAGUUACAGCUCUCACUGUAACUGAGCUCAAAGGAAACUUUCUGAACUUGCGGUAUUUUGAGUUUUUUUCCUGUAUUUCAACAUUGGCAUUUCCACUUACUGCUGGUGCCUCGGUUACUCCUGUUAACAUUUCAACCCAGCAGAAGCUGCUUGGUCAGCUGAAGGGAGCUGUGGUUGUUCUUGAUUUUUGUUAUUUUCUCAGGGCAAAUUCUAUUUGAUGUUUCUAGGCAAAAUCUCUAGACUCAGAAUGGUUUGGGUUGGGAGGGACCUUUAAGAUCAUGUAGUUCCAACUCCCCUGCUAUAGGCAGGGACACCUCCCUGUAGACCAGGUUACUCAGAGUCCUAUCCAGCCUGGCCUUAAGCACCUCCAGGGAGAGGGCACACUAUUAUUUUCUGAUCUUACAACAUUCACCAUACAGCUUGAACGAUCAUUUUGCUGUAAAUGAAUCUGAACACGAGCAUUGCUCACUCUGCAUCUCUGACCACGUUUGGCGUUGGUGCUGACUCGUGUCGUGGGGGGACAAGCUGCUAUUUGUGCACGGGGUGAAUUGUUUGCCAGGGUGCUUUUCUGAGACCAGUGAGUGGCUUGAUGC